AUGGGAAGGGGAAAGAUCGUAAUUGAAAGGAUCGAUAAUUCAACAAGUAGACAAAUAACUUUUUCAAAAAGGCGAAAGGGUUUGUUGAAGAAAGCCAAAGAGCUUGCUAUUCUUUGUGAUGCUGAAGUUGGAGUGAUUAUAUUUUCCAGUACUUCUAAACUUUAUGAGUAUUCAAGUUCAAGUAUGAAAUCAGUUACUGAUAGAUAUAAGAAAGCAAAGCAAGAGCAACAUCACCUCAACUCAGAAUCCGAACUCAAGUUUUGGCGGCAGGAGGCUGAAAUCACAAGGCAGCAGUUGCAGGAUCUGCAUGAAAGUCACCGGCAACUAAUGGGACAAAAGCUCUCCGGUUUAAACAUAGAGGAACUCCAAUCUUUAGAAGAUCAAUUAGAAAUUAGUCUCAGAGGCAUUCGCACCAAGAAGGCAAGAUAUAUAUAA